AGUGCUUCAACGCUGCCUCUGGUGGCACGCUCCCCAGAGGAACGUGAGGAGAGCCCAUCUGCGUGCGUGUGAGACUGUGAGCUCAGGAUUUCUGUCAAUGCAUUCCAGUAACCCCAAAGUGAGGAACUCCCCGUCAGGCAACACACAGAGUAGCCCCAAAUCAAAGCAGGAGGUGAUGGUCCGUCCCCCUACAGUGAUGUCCCCGUCUGGCAACCCCCAACUGGAUUCCAAAUUUUCCAACCAGGGCAAACAAGGGGGCUCCACCAGCCAAUCCCAGCCGUCCCCUUGUGACCCCAAAAGUGGAGGUCACCCUCCCAAAGUGCUCCCUGGCCCAGGUGGGAGCAUGGGGCUGAAGAAUGGGGCUGGAAAUGGUGCCAAGGGGAAGGGGAAGAGAGAGAGGAGCAUUUCGGCGGACUCCUUUGAACAGAGGGAAGCUGGGACUCCUAAUGACGACCCUGAAAUCAAAGACUGCAAUUCUGCUGAUCAUGUGAAGUCCCAGGAGUCUCAGCACACACCACACUCCAUGACUCCUUCAAAUGCUUCAGCCCCAAGGUCUUCCACACCUUCCCAUGGCCUGACUGCUGCUUUGGAGCCAGCAAGUGGGCAGAAGACUCCAUCCAAAGUGGUUUACGUCUUUUCUACUGAGAUGGCCAACAAGGCUGCAGAAGCUGUGCUGAAGGGACAGGUGGAAACCAUCGUGUCCUUUCAUAUCCAGAACAUCUCGAACAGCAAGGCGGAACGAAACACUGUACCUUUGAACCCCCAGAUCGCUGCACUUCGGACUGAACCCAAGCCCCUGCCGCAGCCCCAGGCCCCCGCUGCCCAGGACCAGAACCCUCCCCAGAACGCCAAAAUGCAGCCGACUACACCCGUGUCAGCGCCGGUAUCCAAAUCCACUGGCCCCCCGUGUCCCAUAGACCAGGACAGUCCCAGCGUGGAAAGCAAAGUGAUGUCUGUGGGCAGCCCUGCCAACUCUACCCCGCUGCAGACAGAAGGAUUUGGGCAGAGUUCGACCCCCAAUAAUCGAGCAGUUAGCCCAGUUUCACAAGGUAGCAAUAGCUCGGCUGCAGACCCCAAAGGUCCUGCCCAGCAGGUGUCUGGUGGGGACCCGUCCAGUUUGGGCGAGAAUCCGGACGGACUGUCGCAGGAGCAGCUGGAGCAUCGCGAGCGCUCGUUGCAGACCCUGAGGGACAUCCAGCGCAUGCUCUUCCCUGAUGAGAAGGAGUUUGCGGGAGGGCAAAGCGGGGGGCCACCCCCAAACGCUGGGGUGCUGGACGGUCCCCAAAAGAAACCUGAAGGGCCGAUACAGGCCAUGAUGGCUCAGUCCCAAAGUUUAGGCAAAGGGUCAGGGUCUCGGACAGAUGGAGGGGCUCCGUUUGGCCCUCAAGGACACAGGGACAUGCCCUUCUCGCCCGAUGAAAUGGGGCCACCACCAAUGAACUCCCAGUCAGGACCCAUAGGCCCAGACCACCUGGACCACAUGACUCCUGAGCAGGUCGCCUGGCUCAAGCUGCAGCAGGAGUUUUAUGAGGAGAAGAGAAGAAAGCAAGAGCAGGUGGUUGUGCAGCAGUGUUCCCUGCAGGACAUGAUGGUCCAUCAGCACGGGCCUCGUGGGGUGGUCCGAGGCCCUCCACCUCCCUACCAGAUGACCCCAGGGGAGGGCUGGGGACCUGGGGGUCCGGAGCCCUUCCCUGAAGGCAUGAACAUGUCACACUCUCUGCCCCCCAGGGGCAUGGCCCCUCAUCCCAACAUGCCCGGCAGCCAGAUGCGCCUGCCUGGUUUUGCGGGAAUGAUGAACCCUGACAUGGAGGGCCCCAGUGUCCCGAAUCCCGCCUCCCGGCCCGGGCUUUCGGGCGUUAGUUGGCCAGACGACGUGCCAAAAAUCCCAGACGGCCGAAGCUUCCCUCCUGGCCAGGGUGUCUUCAGCGGCCCUGGCCGAGGGGAGCGGUUCCCCAACCCUCAGGGCCUGCCCGAAGAGCUCUACCAGCAGCAGCUGGCCGAGAAACAGAUGGGCCUCCCUCCCGGCCUGAGCAUGGAAGGCAUCAGGCCCGGCAUGGAGAUAAACAGAAUGAUGCCCUCCCAGAGACACAUGGAGCCCGGGAAUAACCCCAUCUUCCCUCGCAUGCCAGUGGAAGGGCCGAUGAGCCCCUCCCGGGCGGACUUCCCGAAAGGAAUACCCCCACAAAUGGCCUCUAGCAGGGAGCUGGAGUUCGGGAUGGGCCCCGGCAGCAUGAAGGGGGACAUGGGCAUGAACGUCAGCAUGGGCUCCAACCCACCCCUGGUCCCUCAGAAGCUGAGGGAGGCAGGAGUCGGGCCGGAAGAGAUGAUGAAACUUCGCCCCGGCGUCUCGGAGAUGCUCUCCUCUCAGCAGAAAAUGGUACCGCUGCCGUUCGGGGAGCACCCGCAGCAGGAGUAUGGCAUGGGUCCCAGGCCGUUCCUUCCCAUGUCUCAGCCCGGGAGUCGGUCUCCGCAAUCUCAGAGAACAGAUGGGGCCUGA